GUAGAUCAAGUGCUCAUUGGGAUAUUUUGGAGACUGGACUAUGCAGUGAAGAGAAAGUAGUAAGAUUCACAAGAAAUGAUUCCAGGUCUUUUUUGGGAGAAAACUGGGCAUUUCAUAACAUGCAAGAUCAGCAUCUAACUCAGGAGAGGCGUUUGAGAAAUAAUUUGGUGGAGAGUCUCUGUGAAGGUAAAGAAGGUCAUCAAUGUCUAGAAACCCUGAACCAUAUUAUAGAUCUUACUGUGCAUAAGAGUUAUCGGACUGAAAUUCAGCCCCAUCAAUGCAUUAAGUGUGGAAAAGCCUUCAGGGAUCAUUCUUUCCAGAAGAAUCAGCGAAGAUCUCACCCUGGACACAAACAUUAUCCAUGUGAAGAAUGUGGGCAAGCCUGCAGCUGUACCUCGUGCCUAAGCCCUCCCAGGGAAACAGACAUUUUAGAGAAACCCGAAAAACAUCAGGAUGCUGGGAGAGCAUCUAAGAGAUGCGUGAAGAGUGACAGUAGUAAACAGUCUUUAGAGUGUAAGAAGUCUGGAAAAGCUCUCACUUGUCCCUCAUCUUUUCAGGAACAUGAGAGAGGUCAUUAUGGACAGAAAAUCCACAUGUGUGAAGUAUGUGGGAAAUCCUUCAGUUAUUAUUGCCAACUUGCACGGCAUGUGAGAACUCACACUGGAGAGAAACCCUACGAAUGUAAAGAAUGUGGAAAGGCUUUCACUCGCAUCUCACACUUCCGAGAACAUGUGAGAGUGCACACUGGAGAGAAACCCUAUGAAUGUAAGCAGUGUGGCAAAGCUUUCAGUUGGUGCACUUACCUUCGAGAACACAUGAGAACACACAGUGGAGAAAAACCCUAUGAAUGAGACGGAGAUGCAUGGCAACCUGGUAGGCCUGAGUUCCAGCACCAUUUUCUGACUUCCGGCUCUGCCCAUGUGGAACAGCCCCCAACCAGACACAUGUUUGGCAUUUGGGUACAGUGAGAAACACAGGUACGGUACGAGGGAACCCUUUGAGUUCACUGUCUUUCUUAUUGUCUCUGAGGGCCACGGGUAAGUUCCUUUUGGUUCAAAUCUCCACUCUCUUCACAUUGAGCUUCCCAUUCUACUUGGCUUCUCAGUUUGUAAUUUCCAGAUGUUUGGAAAAUCCCAACCUUUUUUCUGUCCCAAGAUCCACAUGGGGACUGUUACUGGCAGCUUGCAGUUCCCCAACCAUGUGGAGCCCUGAGUCCACAGUCCCCAUUUGUUGAGGUCUGCUGGGUCAGCCCUUUCCCUAGUCCAAGUUUUCAUAGAAAUUGCUGGUGGUGCACAUGGGGCCUUUUCUUGGGAAGUCUGCAGUAAUUUCUAAGCCCUAGCCCUUGGUUCAAUUCCCAGUUUCCUUACUGGGAUCUGCUGGUGGUUUAGUGUAUAGUUCCCUAUGUAUUGGAAUUUUCCCCCAGAGUCCACAUUGGGAACUGCUGAUGGCAACUGCAGUUCUCCAUUUGUUAGGAAUGAGUCCACAGUGCCCAUCUGUGAGGUCUGCUGGUUUAAUCCUGUCCCUGUCCCUAGUUCUUUGGUUGCUACUGGUGUCCACAGCUCCAUUUCCUUGGUUACCGUUGGAUGCUGUUAAUGUGCACAUGAGGUAAAGGCUAUUUGCUACAUGGGAAUUUCAGAAGCCAUAGCCACAAAAGUUGGGCAAGGGAUGCAAACUUCAAUGCUGUUAAAGCACUUGCCACCUAACUCAGACACCCAUGUUAGGUUAAGUUGGUUACAAAAUGGGUUAGAUUGAUACUGGGUCACCCUCAAACCUCAAGAAGAUUAAUUUUCAUGCGGUGAGGUACAGCGUAAUACAUCACACAACUUCCAACCCAGUAUCAUGUCCCUUUUAGGUGUCAGAUUGUCUCGAGAGACCCAAAAGCUUAGCUAAAAAUACAAAAACAGUAAUACAAUGGGAUCCUUAAAAUCUAAAGAGUCAAGUGUAUCCCUUUCUGGCACACUUGCUUUUUUUUAAUAUCUAAGAACUGUGGUCCCAGAAGCAGUAGAUAUUUGUAGUAAUGGCAAAAUCUUGCUAAGCUUGUUUUGUUUCCUGAGAACUUGGCUUGGUAACUGUCAUGUUGGGGGCCCCAAAACAUGGCCAGACUGAAAUGUGGGUUGCACCUAACCUAACAGACUAGGGUCCUACAUAACUGCUGUCAGCCCCCAGGGGAAUUGCAAUGCCCAUUAGAAGAACCUCUCUAAUUGGAUAAGAUCAUUUUAGAGGUGCACUCAAGAGUUCCCAAAUGAAACAAACAGAAUGGGAUACUUACUUUAAUUGGCACCCAGAAGCUCCCAAAAGGCUUCAAAAUUCCAAAAAUACCUUCAUUAAAAAUUUCCUUGCAAAAAGCUAAUGAAAAAUUAAUGCUAUAAAAGGCAACAUAAAGUCCAACAAGUUAACAGCCUCAUAUACACCCUCAUACCUACCUUGAAAGGAGGAUCCCUCCCAGAGUUCAUGAGACUCAGAGAUUUUCUGGUAAACUGCUGCAUUAUUCUCUUUAACAGCCUAGGGGAAACUAAAAUUAAAAUUAAUUUAAAACCCUAGCCAAAUUCUAGUAAAAAUUAGAGCUACUGCUCUCCACUUUCUACCCCACUCAGAACCUGCAGAUGUGAUCCUGGAAAAACUGGCAAAAUGGGCUAAGGGUGAAAAUUCUUAUCAUAGUCAGCACUCCCAAAUCUCUGUCUGUACUGCCCAGUCGAGAGAGGGAAAUAACAUUUCACGGCUGUUCCUUUCCAAAAUCCAUACCAACUGGUUAUUGGUCCUUUCUCUCCCAGGGAUAGAUUUGCUUCCUUGCAUGUCUUGUUUUAUGUUGUAGGAACUUGGCUGUGGGACUUCCCUUGGUGGCGCAGUGGUUAAGAAUCCGCCUGCCAAUGAAGGGGACACGGUUCGAGCCCUGGUCCGGGAAGACCCCACAUGCCGUGGAGCAACUAAGCCCGUGUGCCACAACUACUGAGCCUGCGCUCUAGAGCCCACGAGCCACAACUACUGAGCCCACAUGCCACAGCUACUGAAGCCCACGUGCUUAGGGCCCAUGCUCCGCAGCAAGAGAAGCCACCAUGAUGAGAAGCCCACGCACUGCAACGAAGAGUGGCCCCUGCUCACCACAACUAGGGAAAGCCCAUGCACAGCAGUGAAAAGCCAAUGCAGCCAAAAGUAAAUAAGUAAAUAGGAAAAAGAAAAAGAACUUGGCUGGGCUUUCUGCUUUCCUGGGACAUACAAGUUGAUGGCGCUUUCUUUGGCUCUUUUGUGAGUGACUCUAGAUAUCGUGAAGAUAAUAUAUUUUGUACCUCCUUGGGGACACUUCUUGAAUCCAAGACGUUGUUCAUAUUGCCAAAAAUAUUCACUGCUUCUCCUGGCUGAAAUCUGACACGACAUUUGAAAGGACUUAAUAACUUUAAACCAGAAAUUUGGCCAGAUUAGAAGCUGAUAUGCAGAGCCUGAAAGAAAAAAAUUUCAUUAGGCCUUUUACCUUAAGUUAAAUGUACCCAUAGGGAAAGAAGAACAUUCCAGCAAAGGUGGAGAAGUAGAGCAAUACAUGAUAUCAUUUACAACCCAAUUCUUUGAGGAACUGAGAGCAACUGUACUUAUCUUACAAAUAAAAAAAAAAAGCAGCUGUGGAGGCAAUCCAGUAUCUAUUUCUUUUUACCAAUUCUAAAACCUUCCCUAUUUAUCUCAAAAAGCUUUUAAGUUAUUGGUCUUAGGAAGCCAGAGUCCUUCUUAGAGAAAUUUAUAUCAUUUCCCUGUGCCUUUGAGAUAAAAAAUGUUAACUCCUAAUCUAGGCCAUAUGUUUAAAGUACAAACUUCAGGGAUGUAUUUGUAAUGAGAAGUAAAAGGAAAGGGGGAAAGGUUAUUUUCAACUCAGAAAAACAAGAAAUCCUUAAAGUGUCUUCUAAGGUCUCUGGAUCUGUGUGUUUGUGUAUGUCUAUGAAUGUAUAUAAAAGAUAAUGGUGUUUUUUUACCUCUGGAUGGUAUUGACAAAAUUAAUUUAUAUUGUAAAAGGAGCUCUAUUUAAUUGCCUUAAAGAAAAUAUAAGCACUUAUAUAAAUUAAAUUCCCAGAAUUGUAGUGGAAACUAACCAAAAUGCUUUUCAGGUUCACAUCAUCUGGGAGAAUAUUCACUAGUGAAGCUAAUUUGCAUUUGUUGGUUUAAUUAAAAUAGGCAUGUCUUUAGAGUUAUCAGCAUUAAUUAUAAAAAUGUUACUUAGACGCAAGAGGGAGGGGAUAUGGGGAUAAAUGUAUGCAUAAGCUGAUUGACU